CCUAACACAUUAGCUGCUCAAAAUGUACGGUGCGUUUUUUACGUUUCCGACUCGCGUAUUCGGCGAUGUUCUAUAUAGUAAAUAGUAAAUAAUAAUAUUUUCCCGGUUGACGCCGACGCCGAAAGUUUUUUAAAUUUAUUUAAUCACUAUUCACCGGUCUGCACGUCUUGCUCGUGUAUCGUCAACGGCGCCGACUUUUUUAAGUUUUUUAUUUUUUAUACCGUGGUUUUUUAUUUUCGUUUGUUUCCCACGGAUUUUUUUCAACGGUUGGUCGUGCGCAGCUAGUAAAAUUGUUGAUACCAAUUCGCCGUUAGUCUUCCGUAUGAAUUAUUGACGGGAAAAACGUCGCCGAAAUCUCAACACUAGUUGGUCGGCCCGCGCUUUUUUUGGGGGGGCUCAAUUAGCCGUACGCCACAAGUAUACUUACCAAUUACUCUAAGAAGUACCAGUCAGACGUAAAACGCCGCAAUGUCUAUCACACCGUUCAAGAAACGAGUCUGUUACUAUUACGACAGUGACAUAGGAAAUUAUUAUUAUGGACAAGGUCAUCCUAUGAAACCACAUAGGAUUCGAAUGACUCAUAAUUUACUUUUAAAUUAUGGUUUAUACCGUAAAAUGGAAAUUUAUAGACCUCAUAAAGCUACUGCAGAAGAAAUGACUAAAUUUCAUAGUGAUGAGUAUAUACGGUUCUUAAGAAGUAUUCGUCCUGAUAAUAUGAACGAUUAUAAUAAACAAAUGCAAAGAUUCAAUGUGGGUGAAGAUUGUCCAGUUUUUGAUGGUUUAUAUGAAUUUUGUCAACUAUCUGCGGGUGGUUCAGUAGCAGCAGCUGUAAAAUUAAAUAAACAAUCUGCAGAUAUUUGUAUCAAUUGGGGAGGUGGUCUCCAUCACGCAAAAAAAUCUGAAGCCAGUGGCUUUUGUUAUGUUAAUGACAUCGUACUUGGUAUAUUAGAAUUGCUUAAAUACCAUCAACGAGUGUUGUACAUUGAUAUUGAUGUUCAUCAUGGUGAUGGUGUUGAAGAAGCAUUUUAUACAACUGAUAGAGUUAUGACAGUUUCAUUCCACAAAUAUGGUGAAUAUUUUCCUGGUACUGGAGAUCUCAGAGAUAUUGGUGCUGGAAAAGGAAAGUACUAUGCAGUUAACAUUCCUUUAAGAGAUGGAAUGGAUGAUGAUAGUUAUGAAUCAAUAUUCGUACCAAUAAUUACUAAAGUAAUGGAGACGUUCCAACCUAGUGCAGUUGUAUUACAAUGUGGAGCAGAUUCACUUACAGGAGACAGGCUUGGAUGCUUUAAUCUUACUGUUAAAGGUCAUGGCAAAUGUGUUGAAUUUGUGAAACGUUAUGGUUUACCCUUUCUUAUGGUUGGCGGAGGUGGUUAUACUAUCCGAAAUGUAUCUCGAUGUUGGACAUAUGAAACAGCUGUAGCCUUAGGAGCUGAAAUUGCUAAUGAAUUGCCGUAUAAUGACUACUUUGAAUAUUUUGGGCCAGAUUUUAAACUUCAUAUUAGCCCUUCAAAUAUGACUAAUACAAAUGCUACAGAGUAUUUAGAAAAAAUUAAAAACCGACUCUUUGAAAAUUUACGAAUGCUUCCUCAUGCCCCUGGAGUUCAAGUCCAAGCUAUACCUGAAGAUGGUAUACGCAAUGAAUCAGAAGAUGAAGAUAAUGUUAAUCCAGAUGAAAGGAAUCCUCAAUCUAUUACAGACAAACGAAUUGCACCUGAUAAUGAGUUUAGCGAUAGUGAAGAUGAAGGAAUGGCUCCUGGUGUAGGGGGUGGUGGCCGAAAAGAUAAUAGAUCUUAUAAAACUGUCACACCUACUAGAAAACAAGCACGUUUGGACUCUAAUAGAAUGGAAGUUGAUGAACCUGAAUUUAAUAUCUUAAAAGAUGAAAAAGAAGAUAAAUCUGUUAGUUCUGAUGAUUCUAAUAAAAAGGACGCUGUCAAGUCGUGAAUUUAUGACUAAAAUAUAUGAUAAAAUUGUAAAUAAUUAAAAAAAAAAGUAAAACAAUGAUUUACUGUCAUUCAUUUGUGUAUAUAAACUUCUAUAAUUAGGGCGGUAUAAUGUAAUUUAGUGAAUUAUCUUAUUUAUAGUUACUAAUUUAUGGUUUAUGAUUGUUAACUCUAAUAAUAACGCCCUUAGUAAGUUUAAAAAAAAAAUGAAGUAAACUGCGAUAUUAAGCUGAGUAUACGGCAAAAGAUAUUUUUUCACAACAAUUGUUUCUACAUUUUUAUAUUUAGGUAUAUCAAUUUGUUUUAAUUU